UGGUAUAUAGUGCUUAUAUGCUUAUUAUUCGCUCAUGUUCUGGUUGCAAAUAAUUUAUUCCAGACCUAAUUCCAGAAUAAAGACUCUUAAGUCUCUUUAUAAGUAAUCUGCGUGGAUUGUUUAUUAUUAGUAUUAUUGUUGUUGCUGUUGUUAUUUCUUAAGUUAAAUUGAUCACUGAAUAUUUAUUAUAAUAUGGACGAUUUUGACCAAAAUAUUUCAGCGAUAAACACCACCACUCCGACUGAAAACUUGACAUAUGUAUACUCAGCAGUUCGAUGGAUUCAAAUGAUCAUGGCUGUACUAAGCAUCUUUGGUGCUGGCUCCAUAAUCAUAUAUGCCAUUUUUCAAAGACUAGUAAGAAAACCAGAGGUGUUGCCACUAUUCUUGCUAAGUUUAACAGAUCUACUGUUAUCUUUGAGUUGGAUGUGUGGGGGUCUUCUCUUCACCCAGUCAUGUAAAUCCUAUGCCACCUGCUAUAACCUACACAUAGUGGAACAGAUGCUGUAUAUGGCAUCUUUCUUUUACACGCUGCACUAUGUUUGGGUGCUGUACACUGGACUGAGCAGGCAGUAUUACAGGAGACUGAAUGGUUUCCCAGCUGAGCAUCCAGGACAAGCAAGAAAAUGCAGAUGUUUGGUGCCAGUACUGUCAUGUCUUUUACCUUUAGUGCUGACAGUGCCCGUCUUUGUGGCAGGAAAUGUGUUUCAGUGUUUCACAAACUUCACCCAGCCCUACAGAUGUUUGCUGAUGCACACAGGUGCUGUGUAUCUCACUUCAUCUACAAAAAUAGAGGUCACAUCAUGUAGCAUCAUCCAAAUCUACUGUAUGGCCAUCUUCCUUACCACCUUCUUUUUCACCUUCAUUGGCAUCACGACUCUCAUGUGUAAAGCUCGGUCCCUUUACAAGCGUGUUGUCACGUCUCAGGGUUUUUUUGGUGACCAUCAUUGGGAAACCCUGCAUAUCCUAGAACGACGUAUGCUGCUCUAUCCCUCAGCCUUCUUCUUCUGCUGGAGUCCAGCAAUUUUUUUGGCCACCAUGAUGCUGGUGAAGCCUGACAUCAUAGAAGGAAGAUUUGGAGUCAUCCUCUACAUCUUGCAGGCUUUAACCUCUGCAUCUCAAGGUCUGUUGAACUGCCUGGUAUACGGAUGGACACAACGAUACUUUCGCUCUCUCAGCAGCAAUACCUUCCGUGAUGCUAACACGCAGACUCCCCUUUUACACUCGCAGAAAAAAAACUAUGCUGCUUUGCGUUCUGGUGGCUCACUCACUAAUGUUGUCUGACAGAAAGACACAUCUAGAUAAAUCUCAAGCAUACAGCGCCAUGCCAUAAAACAGUUCUCAUUUGUUGCAAUUAUACAGUCAACCAAUUACUCAUAUGACUGGAGUCUUCAACUCAUGUGAGUGGUCAUGAUUUUAGAUAUUGGCUUCAAAAUUACAAUUCAUGUCUAUAGAAGUAAAACUUUUGUGCACCUUUAAUGUCUUUCAUGAUGGAAUGACCGACAAUCCCUUGAGGCAUUGCGAAUGAUUUAAUCGAAUUAAAAACAAUGGAAAAUAUUAAACUAUUGAUUUAAAGUUGUUGAUUAUAAGAAUAGAAACAAUAUAUUUAAAGUGUACUGCAAAAUAUUCAUAUAUAUAUACAGAUAUAUAUAUUUACAGUAAGUAGUUUGCAUCAUUCACAGUGUGUCACGGAAGUGGGCGUUCACUACAGUGCUCUUUUGGCGCGCUUUGUUGGCCUCUCUGAUUUGUGGAUCUUAUCAGCAGGAUCAUGGUAGUCUGUAAAGGUUUAAAAGUUACAAAUUAUUCAUGUAAUUAAUGUGAUUAUUACUUCCGGAACUAGAGCUCUGGGUGAAGCCAAAUGCUCCAAAAGAGGGACGAAACUACGUUACUCAACUGAACCACAGUGAUCAGUGCGACAAUAACGGUGCGAACCUACUAGACAGUGGUGGGCAAAUCCAUGUACUUUCAUAAUCCACUUAUAACAUGACGCAUGGGUGUAAACACAGUCAGGGACAGGACAAAAAUCAGAGAUGUGUCAAAAUCUGUGUGGUCCUUCAAGUACACUAAACCAAACCCUGCUUAAAAUACAUCUUAAACCAACCUAAGCUGGUUUGCUGGUCUCAGCUGAUCUCUCAGACUGGUCUGUUGGCUGGUUUUUGAGAGCUGUUGGGAACCUUUUAGCUAGACCAGUUGGGAGACCAGUUAGACCAGCUUAAAAGGCCAGCAAUCAGCAAGGUAUGGUUUUUAUGCCACUGCUGGAAUGAUGUGUGCUUCUGUCAAAACAACACCAUGUGGUAGAUAAUAAUGGUGCUUGUAUACUAGCAUAAAGAAUCUUGGAUUUGUUAAAGAUUUUAGAUGCAGCACCUGGUGUUAGCUGAGCCAAAAGCAAAUAGAGGAAUCCAUCUCAAGAAAAUGUUUCAUCAUCCCACUUCAUGAUAUGUGCAACGACACGGUUAGGACCGGACCGACAUCUACUGAAAUGUAAAAAAGGGAAAGACCAAAGGGGGAGUACAGCCAGAGGGAAACAGCUCUGAAACAGGAUCGGAGAGCACAAUACUGCUACUUUCCAUCCAACAAAUAAGUGCUGUACCCUCCCAUGCACAGUUUUGGUAUUCACAGUUAGUACUGUAUUGCAGGGAUAAAUUACUGCUUAUAGCAGCCAGAAACAGAAUUCCCUCUUCAUAAACAACACACUUGUAGAGUUUUCAAAGGUUACUCAUACUGCACUUGAUUUGUGUAGUUUGUGUAGUCUGCAUGUGUAAGUUUGUAUAAAAGUGUUAUGAAUAAUAGUAGCCCUCACUUAAUUCAGCAGAAGGAUUUUUAAUAAGACCAUUCAAAGCAGUUCUGAACCUUGGCAAUUACCUUUUUUUUUUUUUACUUUGAGGAACUGGAGAAAUACUGUAAAUAUGAAUGUUGUUAUUGUUGGCGAGAGUUUGUUGUAACAAAAACAGACAUACAGUGUCAUGUUGCACUUUACAUUAUUAUAUAUGACUUAAUUUAUAUUAUAGAAUGACUUAAUGGCAUCUUAUGUUUCUUUUGAACUAAAGAAAUAUGAGUUUCUGAAUGCAUUUGUGUAAAAAUUAUAUGUGUACAUUUUGAUACUCUUGAUACCUGUUUUUCAAAAUGAAAAUAAUUUGAAUUAAACUGAAUUAUGUG